AUGUACAUACAUUCAGUAUGUAAAAGUGGUAAAAAGUUUUCUUGCUUUUCUUUCGUGAGUUUUAUUGAGAAAUUAAAGUAAAAGUUAAUUGUUUUUAUAUUGUCUGGAUAAACGGAGAUUUUAUCCGCAAAUAGUUUGUGAAUCUAUUCGGAAUAGUGAAUAUACGGAGACGUUUUGUAGGCGCACUAGACGAGUAAACUUUUUUCACAAAUUUUGCCGCCUGUCGAACGACGUGAACGAACAAGAUUCACCGCCUUUUUAAAAACAUAACCUCCAAAAUGUCAUGUUCUGUUCUAAACGACAGCUGACGAAGUGUUUAUUUAUACAUAAUUUACUGUAUUAAAUUAUUAAUUAAUAUUAAUUAUAUUAAAAUAAUAUUGCAGAAAAGGAAUACUAAUCAAAAUGGCUCGAAAUGCAGAGAAGGCAAUGACAACGCUUGCUCGUUGGCGAGCAGCAAGUUCUGAAGGUGGUAAAAAGGAUCAAGAACGACGUCCUUUCUUGGCAUCAGAAUGUCGAGAUCUUAAAAAAUGUGAAAAAUGGCGUUCGCAAAUUAUUCGCGAAAUUGCAAAGAAAGUUUCACAAAUUCAAAAUGCUGGUCUCGGUGAAUUUCGCAUUCGUGACUUAAAUGACGAAAUUAAUAAAUUGUUACGAGAAAAACGUCACUGGGAGGCGCAAAUUAAAGAAUUAGGCGGUCCCGAUUAUUCACGGACUGGACCUCGAAUGUUGGAUCACGAAGGACGAGAAGUUCCGGGAAAUAAGGGUUAUAAAUAUUUUGGUGCCGCUAAAGAAUUGCCUGGAGUUCGAGAACUUUUCGAGCAGGAACCACCGCCACCGCCGAGAAAAACGAGGGCGGAAUUAAUGAAAGAUAUUGACGCCGAUUAUUAUGGUUAUCGGGACGACGAUGAUGGAAUUCUAUAUCCAUUGGAGGAGAGAAUAGAGAAAAAGGCGAGGAAAAAAUUAAUAGACGACUGGAUUGAAUCGAAGGAUAAGGAGACGGAGGAUGUCGAAAUGGACGAUGAGACGACGGCACAAAAGCAAAUACCUAGUCGACAAGAUAUGCAGGAAGCCCUUUUAUUGAAGAAAAAACAGGAAUUAAUGGAAAAAUACCUUUAGCGAUUUGCAGUACGAAUUGUAGAAAAUUCGCAUCAGUCAAUGGCUCAAAGUUUUUUUUGUAUACGGAAACUUUCGCAACUUCCUUUUUGGGGAGAAAUAGUCAAAUUGCUUGCUGCUGCUUCUUCUUCUUCUGGACUUUGCGGAUCAUUGCAAAGAUUUUUCAAUUUAUCACCAA